AUAUACGGAACAGACACAGUCGGCUGUUUCAUUGUCGGAUACAUGAUGGUCUCAUUUGGGACGGGUAAUUUGAUCGCUAUAUUAGCCAUGGACAAACUCAAGCCGUGCUCUGCUCAUCCUGUCUUUUUAUCACUGGGUUUCAUACUAAACGCCACUGUUCUUGUACUGACGUCGCUAUGGAAACCAGACUCCAGCCAAUCAUCGGAACUUCUGCUAUACACUGCAUUCUGGGGUUUGGCAGACGGGACCCUGCAGGCACAGUCUCAAGCUGUGGUGACACGAUACGCAAGAGAAGAGAAAGAUACCGCCAUGACAAUCUUCAGAAUUUGCCAAGGCGUUGGCCUUAUUGCCAGCUUCUUAACAUCCAUCUUUUCACACAAACUAAUGACGUCGUUGUACACUGCUAUGGUCCUACACGUCAUCGGGUUUGUAGGACUGGUUUUGGUAGCAACAGAAGUGGCAAAGAGAGAGAAAAACGCCCGAAAUGAGCUGAUCAGUGGAGCCAACGGCAACAGUGAAGCGGAGCAGAGUGCAGUCAGUCAUGGAGUCGAGAGCGAGGCAGAAAUGACUUGA